AUUCAAGACAAAAAAAAGAACAGCCCAUAAAGCCAAACUACUACGAAGCAACGAAGUAGCGGACAUUUGAUCGCAGAUCACACCAGGUGUAUAAAUCAAAUUGAAGUUGUUAGUUAUUAUUUGGCGUUUUAAUUGAUCGUAUUAUCUCAAUUCGAUUGAAGUUUGAGUGAAAAAAGAUGGGUUUUAUGGUUACAACCCUAAUUUUCGCUGUGAUCGGGGUUAUUUCUUCUCUUUUUACGAGAAUUUGCUUUAAUCGUGGACCUUCUACCAAUCUGUUUCACCUAACAUUGGUUAAUACAGCAAUAGUUUGCUGCUGGAUGAUGUGGGCUAUUGUAUAUCUUGCGCAGAUGAAGCCGCUCAUCAACCCGAUACUGAGUGAAGGGGAGUAAACUUGGUUUGUGGACAAUUAUCAGAAAUAGUGCUUCUCAUGUUGUUAGACAUGUAAUGGCAUUACCAUUUUGCAGAUUGAAGCCCCUUAUUACCAUUUUCAAUUAGUUUAUGGGCCAUUGUAUAUCUUGUGCAGAUGAAGCCCUUCAUUGUUUUGCAGAAUUUCAGAGAAACUCAUAUUGAGAGUCUUGUAUUGGCAGCGAUAUCUCAUGUGGAUUUGUAUGUAACUUCCUUAUUGCAGGGAACAUCGAUGUUUCUCAUUUUAUUUUUUAGUUCUUCCUUUGUAUUUAUUGCACUAUCCUACUGUUUGAUUUGACAAAGGUUCUUUGUGGAUGAAAUAAUAAUAAAGUUGGUGGAACACAACGAUCAAUAAGUACUUGUAAUCAAUCUACUA